AUGGCAUCUUCCAAUGACCAAGAAUCAAAAACUAUGACCAAAGUUUUCUUAUGGACAGCUCCGCGUUGUAUAUCUACUGCAUUUGAACGUGCAAUUAUGAAUCUUAAAAACGGAAAGAUUUUUCACGAGCCGUAUUCAGUUGUCUACUAUUUUGGCCCUCAGAGGAAAAGCAGUCGUUACCUGAAUGAUCCAAUUCAACCCAAAGCUGGUUUAAAGGAAGUUAGUGAAGAUCUUGCUGCAGAAUAUGACGAAAAGGAUUUUAUUUUCUCAAAAGAUAUGGCUUAUUACUUAGGUGGUAAUUAUGAUGUCCUACGCCAGAAAGGUCUCAGCGAAUAUAAACAUUCGUUCUUGAUCCGACAUCCUAAAAAAGCUGUCACUUCUCUCUAUCGAGCUUCGCUGAACGCCAAGAAAACAGGCUGGGAUUACUUUGACCCUGACGAAGUAGGUUUUCGUCAAUUACACGAGUUAUAUGAGUUUGUAGUGAAAGAGUUUGAUAGCUGUCCAGUUAUUGUUGAUGCUGAUGAUCUCCUGGAAUCUCCCGAAGAAAUGAUGGAGAAAUAUUGUGAAGCAACUGGUUUAGUUUAUCAAGAGAACAUGACAUCGUGGGAGCCAGGAGCGACGAUACCGGAGUGGAAUAUUUGGGAUGGAUGGCAUGAUGCUGUCUUGAAUAGCACCGGUUUGGUACAGAAAAAGAUAAGCCAGUCUAAACCAAUGAAGCUUGAAAAGAAAGCAAGUUUCGAAAAAGAAGAAGUUGUUGGUUCCGUCAAUGAAAGUUUAACAUGUUACGAACGUUUAUACGAGAAAAGAUUAAGAUUAACAUCAAAGACUGAUUCUAAAACCUAA